AUGUCGUCGUCACCCUUGCGACCUCCUAGUCACCUACCGCCCGCGACGGCAUUGCAGCUCUCGCAACAAGCUCCAAAGAUCUUCGAGGAAGCACCUGGCGCGAUUUCUACAUCAGUCCUGCAGUCAUUGUUCUCAGCGUCUGAGACACCGGAGCUUUGGACCAUUUACGAGAAUCUCUUGCUGUCAUGUCUACGCACUCGCGACGACGGAGCAGCCCACCAGUGCCUGGGCAGGCUGAUCAACCGUUUCGGCGACGAGAACGAGCGAGUAAUGGCCCUGGUUGGAUUACUCAAAGAAGCAGAAGCUGAAGACGAUGCUACAUUGGAAGUGGUACUGAAGGAAUACAACGCCAUUCUAGACAAGAACCCAACCAACAUCCCUAUCGUCAAACGCCGCGUGGCUCUCCUGCGCUCCCUUGGCAGAGUGUCGGACGCAGUAGCUGCCCUCCUUUCUCUGCUGGACUUCUCUCCUACCGACAGCGAAGCUUGGUCCGAGCUAUCAGAUAUGUACUUUUCACAAGGACUGUACCCGCAAGCUAUAUUCGCCCUGGAAGAGGUUCUUGUCCUGCAGCCAAACGCGUGGAAUAUCCACGCGCGACUGGGAGAACUGCUCUUGAUGGCAGCAAAAUCAUCACAGCCCGCUGACGCGUCAAGGCAAUUAGGCGAGGCUGUGAAGCGGUUCUGUCGAAGUGUCGAAUUGUGCGACGAUUACCUGCGCGGCUUCUAUGGCCUGAAGCUAGCAACACGGAAGCUCCUGCAGGAGCCUCCCAAGAUAGCUAAGCAGUCAAGUGACAAUGAUAUGCCACUGCCUGAUGCUACCACUUUACGGCGCCUCGACGAGCUUGCCACUGAAAAACUUGCUGAAAUUACACGCAAGUUUGCUGCUGGAGAGAAGGGCUGGCAGGGCUACGACGAAGCAGAAGUCGUUGCUGCCAAAGCGCUCUUGGAAGAGGAUUCCAGCGCGGUGACUCGGUGA